CAAGAUACUCAUUCAUGGAGUCCAUCAAGCUCUCCCUUCUCCUCCUCUUCUUUUGCACCGUCACAUUCUUUGCAGUGGCUAAAGAUUUCUCCAUAGUCGGCUACUCACCGGAGGACCUUGCAUCCGAAGAAACACCGAUGUACCUCUUCGAAAACUGGAUGGCUAAACACAGUAAGUCUUACGCAAGCUUCCAAGAGAAGCUGAGGAAGUUUGGGAUCUUCAAGGAUAACUUGAAGCACAUCGACGAGACAAACACAGAGAGGAAGAGCUACUGGCUUGGGUUGAAUGAGUUUGCCGACAUGAGCCAUGAGGAGUUCAAGCACAGGUAUCUCGGACUGAACACUGACCUGCCAAAGAUAAAGGAUGUCAGAUUCAAGGCCCGAGAGACCUUCAUGUAUGAGAAGGCUGCAAAUUUACCCAGGUCGGUGGACUGGAGGAAGAAAGGAGCAGUCACUCCUGUUAAGAACCAAGGCGGCUGUGGAAGCUGCUGGGCGUUCUCGACGGUGGCAGCGGUGGAGGGCAUAAACCAGAUCGUGACAGGGAACUUGACAUCGUUGUCGGAGCAGGAACUCAUCGACUGUGAUACCACAUUCAACCAUGGGUGCAAGGGGGGAUUGAUGGAUUACGCUUUUGCCUUCAUCAUCGCCAGCGGAGGUCUCCGUACCGAGGAAGACUAUCCUUACCUCAUGGAGGAGGGCACCUGUGAGGAGAAGAGGGGUGGACUCAAACUAGUGACCAUCAGCGGCUACGAAGAUGUGCCACGGAACAGCGAGGAGAGCCUCCUGAAAGCACUGGCCCAUCAGCCGGUGAGUGUUGCCGUAGAGGCCUCCGGAAGAGACUUCCAGUUUUACAGGGGGGGAAUUUUCGACGGACCUUGUGGGACCCAGCUAGAUCAUGGUGUGGCGGCUGUGGGGUAUGGGACAUCCAAGGGCCAGGAUUACAUCAUGGUGAAGAACUCAUGGGGCCCCAGCUGGGGAGAAAAGGGGUACAUCAGAAUGAAGAGAAACACCGGAAAGCGCGAAGGUCAAUGUGGGAUUUACAAGAUGGCUUCGUAUCCUACCAAAAAGAAGUGAUCCACCGCCGAGGCUUACCACCAUAUGAAAUUAAAGUUGAUCCCACGUUUCGAUUCAUUUCCACCAUUGCCGUCCUAUUCGAUUCCAGGAGUCUAUUUAAAUGGGAAGGAAAAAUGCAUAUUAGCAUCCGAGACACGUUUGUUCCGUCCAACGUGAAUCCUCCUCAAAGAUGGAUGAUCUCUAAUAAAUAAAACAAAACUUGGAAAUGAAA